CGCCUUGUCAAGGAUAUACUAGAUGAUCAUGCACCCUAAACUCUCUACAGUGCUUUGACUUCAGUAAGCCUAACACGGUUACACCAUGAGCCAACCAUCAGGAGCAGUGAGAAGGGGUGGCAAGCCGAACAGGGGAGGAGGCAGGGCCAACCGUGGAGGAAGGGGAGGAAGAGGCGGAGGAGAAGGGAGAGGAGGAGAAGGGAGAGGAGGAGAAGGGAGAGGAGGAGAAGGGAGAGGAGGAGGAGGGAGAGGAGGAGGAAGAGGUAGAGGAGGAGGAGGUAGAGGUGGAGAAGGGAGAGGACGAGGAGGAAGAGGUAGUGGCCGUGGUGGAAGAGGAGGAGGAGCUAGAGGUGGUGGAGGCCAGCAGCCAGGGUCAAACCUAAAGCCCUAUGGACCGGUGGCAGACACAGGAGCCAGGAAGUGCAAGAGUGUAUCCAUGUCCUAUGACUAUGAUGAUGAUGACUUUGUACUCAUGCCCAAACAGGACAAGCAGAAGACAUCCAGCUACCAGGCACCUCAAACUCACCAACCAAAGGCCUACCAAUCUUAUCAAUCCAAUGCUCCUAGUCGCAGGAGAGGCAACUAUCAACCCUCCAAGGUCAAGAUGCAGUCCCUCCAUAUGAGUGAUGAAAACCAGGAACUAGUCAAGGAUAUCUUGAGGGAACUACAUGGAGCAGACCUGGACCUAGACAUGGGACUAGAAGACUACGAAGAGCUUGAUUAUGAUACCAAUCGUCACUUCUGGACUGAUGACAACUCCCUGAAGGUAGAGGCAUCUGGUUCAAGCUUUACCCCUCUCGGUGUCUGGCAUGAGGAAGAGGAUGAUAGAGAAAACAAAGAUGAUACCCAAAAGAUCAGUAAAUAUGCUGUGGAGAAACUUAUCAGGUGUGGAUACCCUAAGAAAGACAGUCUGCAAGCAUUAGAGGAUAAUGAUGCAGAUGCAGGUUUAGCAUUGGAACAACUCUACAAAGAUUUUUUGAAAAAUCACUCGAUAUUGUCAGAACAAGAUGCUGCUGAUGACAGUGUCACUAAAGAGUCUCUCAUAGACCAGAGACAGGAAGAAGCUUUUGCUUUGAGCUCAAUAUAUGAAUCAGACUUCUCUGAGCGAAUACCUAAUCACGUCUGGACAUUGAGACUAAAGCUCUCUCACAUCGAUAAAUCCCUCAAGGAAGCACAAAAGAAUGAAAAGAAGAAGUCAGCUGAGAAGGAGAGGGAAAAUCGUAGGAGAAAACAGAAUCUUUGCCAUUUCUAUCAGGAAGGUAGCUGUAGGUUUGGAUCUCGAUGCAAGUUCGUUCACGAGGCCCCUUGGGACACUGAGGAUACAGAGUUUGAUAAGUUUAUGGAUGAGGACAACACCAAGUGGUACCAGUUGGAGGUGCGGUUUCCUAGUGAUAACUUGUACCCAUGGCAACCACCGAUUAUCGCAUUUUCAUCCACCCAUCCCGACUUCCAGUCAGCGAAGUGCCUGAACGUGACCAAGCGGCUGGCCGAGGAGUCCUUGGAGCAUGCAUCGAGUGGGAGCCCAGCUGUGUUUAGCCUUGUUGGUGUCCUGGAGGAUGAACAGGAGAUGAGGAUAUUACUAGAUGGCAAGCCUCUGCCGUUUCAGGCUAGGAAACUGCCUGCAAGGAGUAAACUUGUUGUAGAGGAUAUAGAAGAAGAAUCUCCUGAUGGAGAAACACUGCUCAAUGAACAGUCUGACUCGGCUUCAGGAGCUACAGCGGGUGAUGCAAAGGAAGCAGAGGUGUUGACUGGAAGAGAAGGAGCUAAGAAUCUUGGAAGAACUUUGUAUGUUCCACCAAAGAGGAGUAAACGAGAUGAAGAAAGAGACAAUAGAAGGCUGAAGGAGCAAUUCAAGAAGGCCCAAACAAGCAAUGCUUACAAGUCAAUGCUGGAGAGGAGAGAGGCUUUACCUGCCUGGAAAGAACAGGAUAACAUCCUAGGCACCUUGAGCAAGUACCAGGUUCUUGUAGUGAGUGGAGCUACAGGGUGCGGAAAGACAACCCAAGUGCCUCAGUUUAUCCUUGAUGCCUCCCUUCAAGGUAAAGGUUUGGAUGUAAGUAACAUCAUCUGUACCCAACCCAGGAGGAUCUCGGCCACAGCAGUAGCUGACAGGGUGGCCAAGGAGAGGACCACCAGGCUAGGAGAUGUUGUGGGUUACCAGAUCAGGCUAGAAAAUAAACAGUCUUCUUCGACUCGGCUGAUGUUCUGUACGACGGGAAUCUUACUCAGAAGGUUGGAGAGUGACCCUGUCCUCAACGGAGUCUCCCAUAUCAUAGUGGAUGAAGUCCAUGAGAGAAGUGAAGAGAGUGAUUUCUUAAUGAUGGUUCUAAGAGACAUGUUGCCUCAGCGACCUGACCUCCGCAUCAUUCUCAUGAGUGCUACCCUCAAUGCUGAUCUAUUCUCCAGCUAUUUCUUUGAUUGUCCUGUCAUUAACAUCCCUGGUAAAACCUUUCCAGUAGAUCAAUACUUCUUGGAAGAUGCAAUUGAAUAUACUGGGUAUGUCCUAGAUGAGAACUCACCCCUAGCCCGGCCUAUCAAGAAAAGCAAUGCGGUACCUUCUGAGGCUUCGGCCAGAGCUAUGAGCAAGGUCAGGUAUGACAACCUGGAUGAGGAGAUAGCAGAAGCCUUCGCUUCAACUACCUUUAACCCUGCCAAAGAUAACGUGAAAGAUGCUAAUUUGACGCUGCAGCAGAUGGCACUCAGAUAUAAAGAUUAUGAGAUGUCUACCAUCAAGACAUUAGCUACUAUUGACCCUGAGAAGAUUAACAAUGACCUGAUUGAAGAUCUAGUCAAAUGGGUAGUUGAUGGAGAUCAUGAUUACCCCAAGGAUGGUGCCAUCUUGAUAUUUCUACCAGGACUGGGUGAAAUCACUGAUCUCUAUGAGCAGCUUCAAAGCUCACUCUGUGGACCUAGAAAACCUAAAAAGUACAAGCUGAUACCCCUCCACUCAUCCCUCUCGAGCGAAGACCAAAAUGCAGCCUUUGAUAAACCAAAGGAAGGCAUCACUAAGAUCGUCAUAGCAACCAACAUAGCCGAGACAUCUAUCACCAUUGAUGACAUUGUCUUUGUUAUUGAUGCUGGUAGAAUGAAAGAGAAGCGAUAUGACUCUGGAAAGAGAAUGGAGUCGUUAGAGACCGUCUGGGUGUCUAGAGCCAAUGCCAUGCAGCGUAGAGGUCGAGCAGGGCGUGUGACGGCCGGAGUCUGUUUCCACCUCUUCUCCAAACACACCUUUGAGCAUGUACUCAGGGAACAACAGUUACCAGAGAUCCAGCGUAUUCCAUUGGAGCAGCUUGUACUAAGGAUUAAAAUCCUAGAUGUCUUUCAAGGAUACCAUGUCAAGGAAGUGUUGAACAAGUUACUAGAGCCUCCCAAGACAGAGAAUAUUGAUGAUGCUGUUCAGAGGCUGCAAGACUUAGGAGCUCUUACAAUAGAUCAGGAUCUGACAUCUCUGGGCUACCAUCUUGCAUCUCUUCCGGUAGAUGUUAGGAUCGGUAAGCUGAUGCUCUUUGGAGCCAUCUUCCAGUGCCUUGACCCAGUCCUAACCAUCGCAGCAAGUCUCAGCUUUAGAUCACCAUUCAUGGCACCAUUUGACAAACGAGACCAGGCAGAUAAAAAGCGACAAGAGUUUGCUAUUGGUAAUAGUGAUCACCUGACACUGUUAAGGGCUUACAAGGGUUGGACCACAGCAGUUGAAAGAAGCAACUACUUCAGCUACAGGUUCUGUCAUGAGAACUUUCUUUCAGUCAAAACGCUGCAGAUGAUUGCCAGCAUGAAGCAUCAGUUUGCAGAGCUCCUUGGAGGCAUUGGUUUCGUUGGCCUUGAUAUGACUGGACGUCAGAUGGACAGGAGGUCGAAUGGUUACGGAGAUAUGAUCAUCAAGGCAUGUGACCCUCAGAUCAACGUGAAUGCCAGCAAUGACCGGCUGGUCGUAGCGGUUCUUUGUGCUGCCCUCUAUCCUAAUGUAGUCCAGGUCCUGACCCCAGAGGCCAAAUACACCCAGUCCAGUGCAGGAGCUGUUCCUUUGAAUCCCAAGGCCCAGGAACUCAAAUUCAAGACCAAAGAUGAUGGAUAUGUGAGUGUUCAUCCAAAAUCUGUCAACUUCCAAGUGAGGUACUUUGAGAGCCCAUAUCUUGUCUUCUUGGAGAAAAUCAAAACAUCAAAGGUAUACAUACGUGAUUGCAGCAUGGUGUCUGUCUACCCGUUGCUCCUGUUUGGGGGAUGUGAACUCAACAUUGACCUCAAGGGAGGAGAGUUCAUCAUAUCACUUGACAAUGGAUGGAUUCAGUUCCGGGUCAAGUCUAUUGAGGUAGGUGAGCUGAUGAGAGAGCUUCGGAGAGAACUUGAUCAGCUUUUGGCCGAUAAGAUUCAACAGCCUGAUAUGGAUCUAGGAACUUGCCCAAGAGGAAGCCGAAUAAUUGCAGCUAUCGUUCAACUCAUCAGCACACAAUGAAGGAUAUGUCCCCAUCAAAAUAAGAUCCAAUAAGCCGAUAUGGAUAUAGGAACCUGCUGUAGAGAAACUGGACAGCAGGUAUUGUUCAAUUCAUCAACACACAGUGAAGAUAUGUCCCCAUGUCAUAGAAAACCUGAUAUGGAUCUAGGAACUUGCCCAAGAAGAUGCAGAAUAAUUGCAGCUAUUGUUUAACUCAUCAGCACACAAUAAGGAUAUGUCCUCAUCACAUAAGAACAAACAACCUGACAUGGAUCUAAGAACUUGCCCCAGAAGAAGCCACAUCAUAGAAGCUAUUGUUCAACAACUUCAACUCAUCAGCGCACAGGAGGGAUAUGUCCUCAUUUCAUAAGAACAAAGAACCUGAUAUGGAUCUAGGAACUUGCCCUAGAAUAACAACUUCAACUCAUCAGUGCACAGUAGGGAUAUGUAUAAAUCAUGCCAACAGUACAUAUUUAUAGCAUCAGUUCCAUGGAUUAUGGAUUUCAAACUUUGACACUGUAUUGCAUGUAUUAGUAAAUCAUGUUAAAUGGAUACCUAUUAUAGGCAAAAGAAAAUGUAGUAUGCCUAGCAAUUUUAUUGUCGGAGCUCUUGUUAUAUGCUCCCAAGGGAGGGAGUGGAAGUGUGUAGAUAUUGUGCGGCAAGCCAAAAUCUGAUGGCCAGUCAAUGUCCAACACCACAACGUGCAAGAAAUCGACUUCUAUAAAUAAUGAUGAUUGUCCAUGUUCUUGAUGGAUGAGAGCAUUUGGUUAUUCAUAAUGAAAUUCAUUGCCAUAAAAUCAUGCCUUAUUUAUGUUCUAAUCAUUUUGUCAAUGAUAAAUGUUCACCUUUAAGAGGACUUGUGGAGGAGAGAGAUCAUGAAAGUUAUUUGGAAACUAUUUUCAUUUUUGCUCCCCCCCUAAAAAAAAAUAAUGAAAGAAUAAAAAGAUAUCAAUAAUAGAAUUUAAAAAAUUGCACUUUACAAUGAAUUCUAUUUGUAAUAUUUCAGAUUUAUAUCUGCAUGGGUCAUGAUGUUUGUGACCUGAAUAUUUCUAUGAAUGAAAAUGAUCACAAAUCUGUUAUUUAUGCUGAGUAAACUGCUUGGAGAGUAUUAUGCCAAAGAAUGAAGUAUCAUCUUGCACAAGUUGUGUCCAUUGUACCUUUAUUUUGUUCAAAAGUUGUACUUAAAUAUAUUGAUGUUGAAUAGAUAUAAUCAUAUGGUUAUUGUAGAAGGCUGGUGAUUUUCAAUCUAAGAGAAAAUAGGUGAAGAGGUUUACGGUUUCAUGAUGUUGGUGAAGUAGUUCUGAAAAGUGAAUGCUCCGAAGAGAACUGUCUGGGGCAUGAUGUUUCAAGCGGUAUUUCUGCAGGGAUGUAUUUGAUAAGUUCUCUGCUACAACAGAUAAGUCAUGGGAACAUACAUGUUCAGGUCUCCCAUGUAAGAUAGCUUAGCAAAAGUCACAUCUAUGGCUUCACAGCAUGUAGGAUUUAAAGCAGCUUUCUGAUCGCCCCCCCCCUCGUGUUGUAUUUUGAUUUUUAAGUUUCAAGUUUAUUUUAUUGAUUACAUAUCCAAAAUAUGAAGGAUUACAAUCAGAGAAAAUGAAACAUUUUUUUAAUGACCAAACAAAGAGUUGCAUUGAUAAAAGAACAUUUAUUUUUUUACCAUGAACAAAAUGGCAAAUUAAACAAAACGAAACAUAGAAAAAAAACAUUACUACUUGCUGUCAAAAACAUAUUACUCUUGAUUAAGUGUCAUUUUGCAAGGCAUAAUUCAUAAAAUCAGGUACAUAUAUAUAGCUUAUUGCAAACUAGAUCACACCAUUUUGUAGUAUACACGUAGAGUGAGGGAUUGGUAAUUGUGUCUAAGAUUUAAUUUGAGGCCAUGCUUCUAACAUACAACUUGGAUUUCAAUUAAUUUUAUUUAUUCCAGUAAUGCAUAUUUUACUUACCCCGGUAUAUCCAUUUCUUUGGGCGCCAAUAGGAACUAAAAUUUUCUACAUCAUUGUAUUUAAGGUAAUCUGGUAUUACGUCUGUAAUCUUGUAUAUGCAGAGAUUGAAAGAUAUUGGAAACGGAAAGAUGCUGACAGUAAUACAGCUGGAAGAUGUGGCUAAUGUGACUUUUGUUAGGGUACUUGGGCCCUGUAAUAUAAACAUACAAUUAAUUAUAUUAGGUGUAACUCUUCCACGUCAAACUAUAUGAAACAAGGUACAUUUCAUUAAUCGUAUCCCUUUAUGCUACAAGACUUUAAUCUGAUUGUCAAGUCAAAACUUUCAGAAUCAAGUGCCCUUGGGCCUACUAUCUAUGCAUGCAGCCAAUGUCAAUAUGUGUAGUCAGUAUUGUUGAGGAAUUAAAGGAUGAAAAGGUUUAUUUUGGCAAAUUCAUUGUUUCACAUUAUUGUUAUUCUCAACAUUUCUUACCUAUUACUUGGAAAUACUUAAAUACUCCAUUUGAGUAUGAGCAGUAUAAAUAUACAGUACAGGUAUACUAGAAAAGCGAGUAUUGCCAUAUUACUGCUGUUGGUUUAUGAUACUGUAUAUAUGCAGUGCAUGCUGGGGCUGUGCAGUAGUUGUGCAUAGUAUGUUUGUCAGUGCAAUAUCUGUACAUGCUAGUUGUGAUAAGCUCAGCUUUCAUAUUAAGCACCUAUUCAAAAUUUUUAGUUAUUUUCAAUUUUGCAUAUUAAAGGAUGUGAUGCUUCUUUGUAAUACAGACUUCGCAAAGUGCUCAUUAAUCAUAAUAUUAAGUGCUGGAUUUAUUAAGCGCUUUUUGCCUGAGGAUACAAAGUGCUGCUAUUAUUACCCCCUGCUUUAGCUGUGCUGCCAUACAGGCAAUAAAGCAUUCAAGGAAUUUUUCUACUGGAUAUCCAUUCACCUCACCUGGGUUGAGUUCAGCACAAUGUUGGUAAAUUUCUUGCUGAAAAAAACAUGUCAUGGCUGGGAAUCGAACCCACGUCCCUCAGAUUGACAGACGAGAAUCAUAACCACCAGACCACGAUGCCCCCACAAACCCUAAAUCAGAGAGAUAAUCCUUGCAAAACAGUACAGUAAUUAAUCUUUGACUCCAUGUACAUAAAUCAAUGAUGUCAUGUAAGGAUUUUGUUACUUAGAAGUAGACUCUGGUAUUGGGUCACAGGGCUACCUUUGCUUCAUGAAUUUAUUUGAAAAAGAAUAGUGCUCAAGCCCAGGGGUCUAGUCAAAUGUAUUGCUGGACACACGCGUGGCCAAAUUAUUUCCAAACACACCCUAAACAAGUUUUUCUCUGUUUGCAAAAUAACCCCCUGAACAAGUUUUUCGCAGGCUUUAUUUACACAUUUUGGCCCCUAAACAAGUUGCCAGAAUAUGACCCCGGGGAAAAAGCUUGGGGAAAAAAACAUCCCCUAAACACAUUUGGCUAGUCUUAAAAAAAAAGCUUUGGGAAAAAAAAUACCCUAAGUUUGACCUUGCGAUUGGCCAUUGACCAGUCUUUCAAAACUACCUCCUUUUUUUGAAAAUCUGUGUUUUUGAUACCCUUAACGAGUGCAGCGUGGCCCACGUCCAAAACUAAAAAACAUCCCUUUAAAUGUGUUUUUAGGUCACGCGUGUGUACAGCAAUAUAUUCGACUGCCCCCCCCCCCCCCGGGUGCUCAAGAUCAAUUUGAGUUCAUUCUUGUUAUUAAAGGAAGGUCCAAAUUAGCUGUGACUUUUGAUCAUUGUUGCUUCUUUGCUUUGCUAUUUAUAUGGGCGGUAAUCAGUGAAGUAAGGGUUUUAUUCUUGAGGAAAGAUUUACAAAUUGAAGACUUAAGUUCUUUACAAAUAUUUAUUUAAAAAAAAAUUAAGGUGGGGCUACCCCAUUAAAUUAAUUUGAUGUUAUUCAGGUCAUGUAGCAUUUACGUAAUAGUUAUCUUUUAAAGAUUAAAAUGCUUUAUGGCUUCCAAGAUGAACAUGAGGAUGUAUAUGCCAAUGUGCCUUUAUCGUUAACAUGCUUUAUGAAGCAAGGAUAAAUUAUUGUGGUGCAAUAUUGGCUAAAUUGAAAUUGAUAAAAUUUAGAUAAUGAAUGAAACAUAAACUUGUGGAAUGUAUAACUAAUAAAAUAAAGGCAUUAAUUUAUGCAAAUAA